GGCUGUCCCAGGACGAGACGCAAGACUUCUCUCGCUCUCUUCUUUUCGCGUAAACACAGCAAUUUGACGUCGUUAUCGGUGCACGAAAAAACUAAUGAUUAAAUAACAACUUAAAGUUUCUAAGGCGUCGUUUUUUUAGGGUGACGUGAACCAUUUUGGAAGUUAGUUUGAAAGUUUUGUGUUUUUUUGCAGCGACGUCUUGCGCGAGAGAGAGCCUUUUAACACCAAUGCGCAGAUUCGUCAAAUUCAUUAAGAUUCGUUAGAUUAAUUAAGUGGAUAUUUUGUUAACUUUCUAAAGGAACAAAAGGAACAAAUUACGUUUUUUUUAGCUGCUUUUAGAUUUCUGUGUGUGAUUUUCUUUCCUUUAUUUGGAGGCAUAAUCCAGCUGCUUCUAAACCUCCGUGACGUAUGCCACCGUGGAUGAAAAAGUAGCCGCCAAACAUGAGCUCAUCACGGGUCAGACCCCACCAACACGCCGCUCGCUCACUACACACCUCUGAGGCGAGCGAGGGCAUCGAGAUGGAGAACAUCCACCAGCAACAUCAUGGUGAUUUGGGGGAUUUAGGAGUCUCUGCUGGAACCCCAUCAUCUCCGUCCAGACAAGCCUGGAGCAGGGACAACCCCGGUUUCGAGGCUGGGGACGAGAUUAUGGCAGCCGACUGGCCUCCGGCGAGCCCCGGGAGGAGGUCGGCAUCCACGGCCUCCAGCAACAGCAGCUGCAGCAGCGGCCUGGGCGGCUACAACGGCACCGGGGGCAGCCCUCGCAUGCAUCAGGGAGGAGCGUACCCAAGCCCGGGUGGGGACGAGAGGCAGCAGAGCAGGGAUGAGCACAGCAGCUGUAUGAAGCAGAUACUACAGAAAAUUAGAAUUCUGUGGGGCACAGAGCUGAUGGAGGACAGCGACAGCAGUCGAGAGAGGUACCUUUGGAACGUCCUGAGGGAGAUGCUCACAUACAUUGCCUUCCUCGUCACCGUCUGCAUCUUGACGUAUGGGAUGGUGAGCACCAACAUGUAUUACUACACCAAAGUCAUGUCGCAGCUUUUCCUGGACACGCCGCUUUCCGCUGGAGAGUCCGCCACUUUUAGGAGCCUUUCAACCAUGGAAGAUUUCUGGAAGUUCAGCGAGGGGCCUUUCCUUAAUGGCAUGUACUGGGAAGUGUGGUACAACAACAAGAGCCUGCCGGAGAACCAGAGUCUCAUCUUCUACGAGAACCUCCUCCUUGGUGUACCGCGUCUACGCCAGGUCAAAGUUCGCAACGAAUCCUGUAGCGUGCAUGAAGACCUGAAAGAUCAAGUUCAGGACUGCUAUAACAUCUACACGGCCACCAACGAGGACACCGCUCCCUUUGGGCCCAAGAAUGGAACAGCGUGGAUCCAUACGGCAGAGGGCGGCAUGAACGGGAGCAGCUACCAGGGCCAGGUGUCCAAAUACAGAGGUGGAGGAUACUACCAAGACCUGUCCCGUACCAAAGAGGAGUCAGCGGUCCAACUGCAGUUCCUCAAAGACCACCUGUGGCUGGACAGAGGCACCAGGGCUGUCUUCCUCGACUUUGCCGUCUACAAUGGAAACAUCAACCUCUUCUGUAUCGCCAGGUUGUUGGUGGAAUUCCCUGCAACGGGCGGGGUGGUGACUUCCUGGCAGUUCCAAACGGUGCGCCUGAUACGAUACGUGACCAGCUGGGACUACUUUGUGGCUCUGUGCGAGGUCAUGUUCUGCUUGUUCAUUCUCUACUAUGUGGUGGAGGAGGUGCUGGAGAUCCGCAUCCACCGGCUGCAUUACUUUCGGAGCCUGUGGAACUGCCUGGAUGUUCUAAUUGUCACGCUGAGUGUUGUAGCAAUCAUCAUGAACAUAACAAGAACAGCCAUGGUUGGCCACCUUCUCAAAAGCCUGCUGGAGAAUUAUACCACUCACCCCACCUUCGAGCCUCUAGCCAACCUGCAGGUCCAGUUCAACAACGUGGUCGCCAUCAUUGUCUUUUUUUCCUGGCUUAAGCUUUUCAAGUUUAUCAACUUCAACAAGACCAUGAGUCAGCUGACGGGCACCAUGUCUCGCUGUGCCAAGGACCUUGUGGGUUUCGCCAUCAUGUUCUUCAUCAUCUUCCUGGCGUAUGCCCAGUUGGCCUACUUGCUGUUUGGAACACAGGUGGACGAUUUCAGCACCUUCCAAGCCAGCAUUUUCUCACAGUUCCGCAUCAUUCUGGGAGACUUUGAGUUCUCCGAGAUCGAGGAGGCCAACCCUGUACUCGGACCCAUUUAUUUCACAACAUUUGUGUUCUUCAUUUUCUUCAUCCUCAUGAACAUGUUCUUGGCCAUCAUCAAUGACACCUACUCAGAGGUCAAGGCAGAUAUGGCUCAGCAGAGGUCUGACAUGGAGAUGACUGACCUCAUCAAGAAGGGUUGUAACAAAGCCCUGAUGAAGCUGAGGCUGAAGAAGACGGCGGUGGACGACAUCUCGGACAGCUUACGUCAGGCCGGCGGCAAACUCAACUUGGAUGAACUACGACAACACUUAAAAGGGAAAGGCCACACGGAUGCUGAGAUCCAGGCCAUAUUUGCCAAGUACGAUCAUGACGGCGACCAGGAGCUGACGGAACACGACCAUCAGCAAAUGAGAGACGACCUCGAGAAGGAACGAGAGGACUUGGACCUGGAGCGCAACUCUCUGACCAGACCCUGCAGUGGGCGGAGCUUCCCGCGCACUCAGGACGACUCAGAGGAGGACGACGACGAGGACAGCGGGCACAGCUCACGUCGACGGGGCAGCAGCUCGGGUGGCGUCUCCUACGAGGAAUUCCAAGUGUCAGUGUUUGAAUUCAUUCAUCCAUCUCUCUUGUUAUUAACCUGUCCUGACCCAUGGGUGUGUGUCUCUCUCAGGCUGGUAAGACGCGUGGACAGGAUGGAGCACUCCAUUGGUAGCAUCGUGUCCAAGAUAGACGCCGUGAUAGUCAAGCUGGAGGCCAUGGAGAGGGUGACACAUAAACGGAGGGAUGUGUUGGGAAGACUGUUUGAAGGAGCCAUGGAGGAUGAGCGUCAAGGACGGGACACCGACACCCACAGUGAGCAGGAGAGGCUGGUCAGAGAGGAGCUGGAGCGCUGGGAGUCGGACGACGUGGCCUCGCAGGUCAGCCACCCGCAUCCCGCCACACCGGUCGGCUCACGGCCACGCCCUUCCUCCUCCCAGUCCACCACCGACGCCGUCGACACAGGCGUUAACGGAAUCGGUCACGUAUAAAAGAAAGAAAAAGUACACUUAUGCUUCAUUCAACCCAAUGAAGAUUUUGCCUCUUCGUCCUCCUCGCCCCCAGUGGUUACAAGCCGGAAAAGACACUAAAAAAAACAAAGCAACAUUCCACAGAACAGUUGAGACCAAUCACAAAUUGUACAUUUUAAAAUUUCAUAACAUGCUGCCAUGAGAAUACUCACCUCCAUUGCACUGAAUGUAUCGGCGAGGUUCUCUUCACAGAUUUGCAUUCUGUAAUCUGUUGAAGUAUCACUCACAACACAAAGGACUCAAAAAAUAUAUACUUGAUGAUUCCCACUAGGGAAAUGAAGAAAAUGUGGUGUAUAUGUUGGGGAACAAUGAAGGAUUACAAAGGCUACCAAUAUUACGAGUGUUAGAGCCACGCUGAAGAAAUAAAAUCAUAAAAAAUGACAAGAAACUUUACAACCAAACAGCAAUUAAAUCAAAAUUGUAAGGCCAAUAAUAAUAAUAAUAAUAAUAAUAAUAAAGUCAUAAUAUUCAUAUUGUGGAAAAAGUCUUAAUUUUUCAAGAAGAAAAGGACAAUAUAGGAUGAAAAAGUCUUUGUAUUAUAAAAAGAAUCACAAUUUUACAUGACAAAGUCAUAAUGUAAUGUGAAAAAAAAUCACAAUUUUAUAUGACAAAGUUGUAAUGCUAUGUGGAAAAAAAAGUCAAUACAUGAAAAAGUUUAAUGUUAUGUGAAAAAAUUUGAAUUACAUGAAAGUUUAAUGUUAUGUGAAAAAAAUCUCAAUAUUAGAUGAAAAAGUCUUAAUGUUAUUUGAAAAAAAAUCUAAAUUUUACAUGAAAAAGUCGUAAUGUUAUGAGAAAAAAUCUCAAUACUAAAUUAUUGAAAAAGCCAUAAUGCUACAUGACAAAAAAUCGCUACAUUACAGGGAAAAAGUCCUAAAAGGUUACAUGAAAAAAAAAUCACAAUAUUCACAUGAAAAAGUCAUAGUGUUAUGUGAAAAAAAUCCCAUUGGUACAUGAAAAAGUCCUAAUGUUAUGGAAUUGCAAUAUUUCGUGAAAAAGUCUUAAUGUUAUGUAAAAAAAAGAGCACAUUUUCAAGAAAAGUUAACGUUAUGUAAAAAAACCCAAUAUUUCAAGAAAAGGUUUUAAUAUUAGGUACUUAUUGUUGUGAUAACAAAGUUAAAAAAAAACAGAAAAUAUAGGAAAACAUAACGUUAAGACUUUUUCAUGUCACAAGAAAAAAAAAAUCAUGCAUCAUGACAUUUUUUUUAUAAGCAUCCGGAAUCAAGUUAAAGUCGUAGUAAUGUUUCAAAAAUUAAGUAGCAUUAAUCGUAAAAAGAAAAAAAACCCGUAAUGUUAUGGUAAUGUUGUGAUGUUACGAUACUAAAGUUGCAACAUUCCGUCAAUAAACCCGAAUUUUAUGGGAUCAAAGUUACAAUACAAGAAAAACAUUGAUAUCACAAAGAAAAGGUUGUAAUGUUACGAGAACCUUUUCAAGGGUAAAGUUGUAAUUUUGUGAGAAAAAAAUUCAUAUUCCGAAAAUAAGGAUGCACUCUUGCGAGAAAAAUGUGUAAUCUUCCAAGAAUUGUUGUAUUUUUACUGGAUAUAGGAUAUGCUGUUGUUUAAAAAAUAAAUAAAUAAAAAAAAUCGUAAUGUUACAAGACUUAAGUAGUAUUUCUUUAUUAAUGGUGUCGGAAUAAUAGGGGGAAAAAAAACUUUUUACGUUCCAAAAAUAUAUUUUUUUAAAGAAUAAUGAUGUAAUGUUACGAGAAAAAAAUAUUAAAAUAUGAGAAUAUUACAACUUCGUCCUUGUAAUUCUAUGACUUUAUUCUCAUGUUUUAAAAAUAUAUUUAGUGUGGCUCGAUUACUCCUUUGGUACCAAACUCGGCUGUGAGAAUCCUAAAAUUCCGUUUUGCUUCAUGCAGCACGCAGUGCAUGUUUUUAAUACAUGACGACAAGUACGCUCGCUGGCCGUCACAUUACAACAUGUACCAAAAGAAGCACGUUUUUGAAUGUUCAUUUUGUUAAUGUUUAAUACACAGUAGUUACAAGUGUGCAUUCUGCCUUACAUCAAUGAAGCUUCAAAUGAAAUAGCUUAUUAUUGUUUUAUGACACAAAUCAUAACUUGAAACAAACUUCAAUUUGGAGUGCAACUAGUGUUCAUGGGAAGCCCAUGCAUUUAUUAUUUUCUCCUGUGCCUUAAUAUUUUAUUAUCUGUGCCUUUUUUUAUGUUUACCAAAUAAAAGUGUUAUC